CCGGCUGGGAGCAGAUCAGGGAGGGCGAAUUGGGGGCGAAAGAGGAAUUAGAAAGAAAGGGGGUUAACCAAAUAAUCCCAGAACCAGGCUCGACCCAGGCUGGAGCCAGGGAGACCGGGCGCAAGAGAGCGCAGCACCGCAGCGGCACGACCCGGCAGAGCGCGCUCAGCACUGACUUUUGCUGCAGCCUUCCCUUUCCCCUUUUCUUUUAAUACCGAGAAGGCGCCAGCGGCGGCCGCACACGCGAGCGCCACGCGAGGCUCCCGAAGCCAACCGCGGCGGGAGGAGGGGAGGGAGGAGGCGGCGCAGAGGGAAGACGAUCGCCUAGGCACCUUCCUCCGCCGCAGCUGGAGAACUCCGCGGCCUUCCGCGCGUUUCUUCUCUUUUAACUUUCCUCCGGUGCCCGUUUCUCCUCUCUCCUUUUCUUCACCCCCUCUGAUAGUGCCUCCGAGCCCCGCGUCCCCCUAGAGCUCCGCGUCCCCCCACGCGCACUCCUCGCACUCCUCUCUCGCUCUUCCCCGCGACUCUUUGACCGGGCAUGGAGAGCUCUGGCAAGAUGGAGAGCGGAGCCGGCCAGCAGCCGCAGCCCCCGCAGCCCUUCCUGCCGCCUGCCGCCUGCUUCUUUGCUACGGCGGCGGCGGCAGCAGCAGCAGCAGCGCAGAGCGUGCAGCAGCAGCAGCAGCAACCGCAGCCGCAGCAGGCGCCGCAGCUGAGCCCAGUGGCCGAGGGCCAGCCCUCAGGGGGCGGUCACAAGUCAGCGGCCAAGCAGGUCAAGCGCCAGCGCUCGUCCUCUCCGGAACUGAUGCGCUGCAAACGCCGGCUCAACUUCAGCGGCUUCGGCUACAGCCUGCCGCAGCAGCAGCCGGCCGCCGUGGCGCGCCGCAACGAGCGUGAGCGCAACCGGGUUAAGUUGGUGAACCUGGGCUUUGCCACCCUCCGGGAGCACGUCCCCAACGGAGCGGCCAACAAGAAGAUGAGCAAGGUGGAGACGCUGCGCUCGGCUGUCGAGUACAUCCGCGCUCUGCAGCAGCUGCUGGACGAGCACGACGCGGUGAGCGCCGCCUUCCAGGCGGGCGUCCUUUCACCCACCAUCUCCCCCAACUACUCCAACGACAUGAACUCUAUGGCGGGUUCUCCGGUCUCAUCCUACUCCUCAGACGAGGGAUCUUACGACCCUCUCAGCCCAGAGGAACAGGAGCUGCUGGACUUCACCAACUGGUUCUGAGGAGCUGCCGACCCCUGCUGGGGAUGGACUUUGGAAGUAGGGAGACAGCAGAUCCUGCAUCUUUAGUGUGUCUCGCCAAGGACAUUGAGAGUGAGGAAGAAACAAAUGGAGAAAGAAGAAAACAAACCAGAAGGACGACCUCCAGGGGCAACGUGACUAUGAUGCCCUGUUCUCAGCAAACAGGGUUGGGCUGCAAACAGCACUUCUGCACUCCAGUCCUUCUCGGAGACGAAUGAGUGACUGGUAGCUGAACCUAAGCCCAAGUCACAGCUGGUGUGCAAAAGCAGUGGCUUCCUUUCCUAGAGCAAGAGAGCCACGCGCUCUUCAGUAACUCCCAGCCAGCCACUAACAGGCAGGGUUGAAAGCACUUGCCAGUGCCUUCACCUCUUGCCCUCUGCCCUCUGCCCAAACCAAGUCCUAGCCCUUUGGACUGGGUUGAUGUCUUUCCUUAGUAAGCCCCAUCCCAGCAAGCUGUGGGCAUUUGUCUGCUAAACCAUACUCGGUUCUUGGACACUCUUCCCCUAUCCUGGUGGUCUCCUCCCCAAGCCCUAAUUCUCUCUCCCACUGUCUUUGCUUCUGUUUUCAUCAUAGAAUGCUUCCAAUCUUUGUGAAUUUUUUUAUUAUAAGAAAAAAAUCUAUUUGUAUCUAUCCUAACCAGUUUGGGGAUAUAUUAAGAUAUUUUUGUACAUAAGAAAGAGAGAGAAAAUUUAUAGAAGUUUUGUACAAAUGGUUUAAAAUGUGUAUAUCUUGAUACUUUAACAUGUAAUGCAAUUACCUCUGCAUACUUUGUAGCCCAUCUUACAACUGCCGUUCCCCCUUGUGGUUUCGUAGGGAACUCCCUUUGUAGGUGAGAUUUAAGUGCCACCAGAAUGACUUCAGCACCGAUGUGUCUUACUUCCUAGAAACGUUGUUAAUGUAUUGAUGAUGUUAUUAAAAAACUGUUCAAGAAGAACAAAGUUCAUGCAGCUACUGUCCAAACGCAAAGUGGCGGCCAGUUGCUUUCCAUGGGUUGCCUUUUGGAAAUUUCUACCACUGCCUUUUUUCCCCCUUACUGUUUUAUUACAA